GCGGGAAAAAUUAGUGAAGUUUCGGGGUGUUUUAUACCAAGGGACCUUUCCGACGGACGAUGCUAGCGUUCCGUUGGCGUUUUGUCAUUUGUUUUAUGCUCAUACCCCCGCCAUCCCGAGCCCUGCAGUGACGUCUCCGUGAAGCCGGUAAAUCAGUCACUGUGUAGUCAGCAGCUUUAGUCGAAUCCCUAUCAGCCACCACGGAUCGGCUACAUAUCCAUCGGUAUAUAUAUAUUUGACUUUCAGAGUUAUAUGUAGUGCCAUUUCCAAGUUACACGCCCGAGCAGUGUCCAGGAUGUUGCUAUAAUCCUCAAUGCCUCGAUGAAUUUCCGGAAAACCAUCCUGAGGACAGUCAGCGUGGUGCUGUCCAGUUUCGGGAUUCUCCUGAGUGUGCUAGCUAUCUUCAUUCAAACACUACUACCAUCAUAUUGGCAAUGGGUUUGGUCGAAACCACCCCCAGACGCCGGUGAAAAAUCACGAAGGACAAUAAUAGCUCGUCGCGUCAAGCGACCCGUUCCCAGGCCAGUUGCUUCGCCGACUUCAUCUUCUCUACGAUCGACCAGGUCACAUGAAACCAUACGCAGCAGCAUGGUUGAUGGGGCGGUACCACAAAGCCAUGUGCAUGUAGAUUUACCAGCCUCCCUGAUACCUGCAACGAAACUGCCCAUUCAACGAUCUAGUCACGGUGAAGUCCCGGAAGCCCACGGAAUUUUCAAGAGACAUACCCUUCCAGCCUCCCCGUCUGUUAAUUCGUGUCGGACAAUAACUUCGCUGAAGCAAAGAUCGACGCACCUCAAAGGCAGAAAUUCUACGGGGUCAUUUUGUAAGUCAGAUUUAUUCCACCGGUCUUAGUAAAAUUAAAUCAACGGUGUUCGCUUCCGAA